GUCACCACAAACGCCUGCUGUUUUCAAUGCUUGAAUUGCAGACUGGACGAGGAAAGCGUCAGGAAAGCAACUUUUUCACUGGAAUAACCCCAAAAUAGAUACUCUUGAAGGGCAAAUAUGGCUCAAAUAACUUCCGGGGGAGUUGAACAAGAUUCUCAGUCAACGUUGGAGCACAAUGACAACGGAGAAACCGUCCAUACCGGCUUUGGGGGACAGGCCGUGUCGGACUCCAAACAGGAACUGGAUAAAAAGAACGACAUUGGGCUCGGAAUGGACGUUCGUGGCGGUCGCGGUGCCGGAGUGGAAAACAACUCGUUGCUUGACGACGGCAAAGACGAGGGAGACUACGGCAAACUCUCCGAGCCGGGCAAAAGUCCCGCACAGGGGAGUCUGGCGACUAGCACCGAGUCGGCCCAAGAGGGCUCCCGGGUGCUGAAAGCAGAACAAAGGGAGGGAGGCAACGGUUCUUCCGAGCCUCCGACAGAGCAUACAAAGGCCGCGGAGAAACACGAGCACGGCGUGAAAAGACGAGCCAGCGUGGAAGUGGCCUCGUCGGACGGGGAGCCGCUCAGUCGGAUGGAUUCUGAGGACAGUAUCAGCAGCACUCUAAUGGACAUGGAGAGCAUAGCAUCAAGUGGCCGUUCCACACCAGCGACGUUCAACAGUCACGGCGGGGCCAUGAUUGUCGGCAACGGCUCCAUUCCGGUGAACGGCAAAUCGUUGAGUUAUACGUGCUGUUGGGAUCACUGCCAAGUGCACUUUUCCUCCAGCCCCGAUUUGGCCGAUCACAUCCGAGCCACCCAUGUUGAUGGACAGAGAGGAGGAGUUUUUGUGUGUCUGUGGAAAGGCUGUAAAGUGUACAACACACCGUCCACCAGUCAGAGCUGGCUACAGAGACACAUGUUGACUCACAGCGGCGACAAACCAUUCAAGUGUGUGGUUGGAGGUUGCAAUGCCACAUUUGCCUCCCAGGGUGGGCUGGCCCGCCAUGUCCCCACUCACUUCAGCUCGCAGAGUUCGUCUAAAGUCUCCAACCAAGGCAAAAUGAAGGAGGAAUCUCCGUCCAAGGCUGGCCUCAACAAGAGGAGGAAGCUCAAGAACAAGCAUAGACGUUCACUCCCCCGUCCACAUGAUUUCUUUGACGCCCAGACCAUGGACGCCAUCCGCCAUCGAGCUAUAUGCCUCAACUUGGCCACACAUAUCGAGAGCCUUGGAAACGGACACAGUGUUGUGUUCCACAGCACGGUAAUAGCAAGGAGGAAAGAAGAAUCUGGCAAAGUGAAAGUCCUUCUGCACUGGACACCUGAAGACAUACUCCCUGACGUUUGGGUGAGUGAGAGUGACCGAUUGCAGCAGAAAACCAAAGUUGUGCACUUGUCCAAGCUGCCGACCGACACGGCUGUUCUCCUGGAUCCCAACAUUUACAGGAUGUUCUUCUAAGGAUUUCUCCCAGGAAUGAAGUAGAGCUAUAUACAAAGAUUUUUGGAGCGUUUAGAGACUUAUUUUUGUGCUUAGGAGCUUAAUCUCGUAAGAUAUUUAGGGAUGUGUUACUCUUACUAGAUUCAGAACAGAGUCAAUUUAGACACAUUUGUAGAGAAAAGCAGUUUGUAAAUACUUGAGAUUUGUAAUAUAUUUUCUUACCUUGACUUUGAAAAGUUUCUCAAAAUGGACUGUAGCUGUAUGUACCUUUUUUUUUUUUUAAAUAUAUUUUUAAAUAGUUGGUUUUAUCGAGGUCAUUAUCAGGUAUUGUCAGCACCAUGAAAACCAGGAGAUUGCCUUAACCGUCAUUAGUGCUGUACCACUUUUUUACUCAUUUCUACAAAAUGUGAUUUUUAAUCAGAGUGGUUCAAAACAACUGGUCUAUCUGCUGUAUUGUUUCUGUGUAACUUGUGUGUUUUUAGUUAUAUAAAGAUCCCAAAUUGAGACUUCA